UCUGGAUUGCCAUCUCUCCCAUCCCUUGUCUCGACCAUCCUAUCCCUUCCUGUCACUCCCAAUUGACCACCCUUUCAUUCUACAUUCCCCAUAUUUUCUUCCACCGUCCAAAUGGCGGACUCCCCCGGUUCUCCCCUCUCGUCGAUCGCCUCCGAUGACCUGUCGGACCGCGAGGAUCUAAAGCAAGGCUUCUCGCCCUCAACAGCCAACAUGCCUCCAUCCAAGCGCCGUCGCACCGGCGUCGCAUCCUGGGAUCGCAACACCCCCGUGUCGACCUCCUUCCAGGAAGAACAGCCGCCCGCGUCGCCCUCCAGCUCCAUCUCCUCGGACACCUCGGGCGAACUCCCCAACUCCCCCAGCACGCUGGCCCUCAUCGGCGGCAGCCAGGACGACGACUACAGUGGAUUGGGAAACGACCAGGUGACCGUGUGCCGAUGGGAAGGUUGCGACGUCGGCGAUCUGGGCAACAUGGACGCUCUCGUCGAGCACAUCCACAACGAUCACGUCGGCAGCCGGCAGAAGCGCUACUCCUGCGAGUGGUCCGAUUGCUCUCGAAAGGGCCAGUCGCAUGCGAGCGGGUACGCCCUACGCGCGCACAUGAGGAGUCACACCCGCGAGAAGCCUUUCUACUGUGCCCUUCCAGAAUGUGAUCGCAGCUUCACGCGCUCCGAUGCCUUAGCCAAACACAUGCGCACCGUCCACGAAACCGAAGCCCUCCGGCCCUCCGACCCCGUCUCCAAAUACCACAGCGCGCCGCUCUCCGCCGUCGGCACGCCCACCAGCACCCCCGCCAGCAAAGUGCAGCGCAUCAAGCUGAAGCUGUCGCAUCCGCCGCGGGACGAACCCGAGCGGUUCAGCGAGAGCGCCCCCGAAGACCACCACCUCCACACGGCGGCCGGGGACGAUCUCGACGAAUUCGAGCUGCCCGAGUUCAGCCAGGAGUCGGGCUUCGACGACCACGAGCUGCAACUGCCGCCGCGCGACCUAUACCGACUCCUCCGUCGGCAAAUUCACUGGGCUGAGAAGGAGGGUGUGGAACUGCGCAGCGAGUGGGAGAAGAUUCGGCCUAAGAGGAAGCACGCGUGGCUAGAGAAGGAAGCCAUCUUUGACGAUGUGAUCGAUGCCCAACUUAGGCUCUUCAGCGCCCUCGUCGCUAACGAGGGCGUACCUGUUACCCCGGCGGUGGGGGUAAGCACUGCCGCAAAUGGGAUAGAGGAGCCUUCAGCGGAGCAGCAGCAGCAACAACUGCAACAAGAACAACAACAGCGAGACCAAGAGCAACAACAACAACAACAGCAGCAACAACGGCAUGACUCCGAUGACUCCGACUCCGACGAAGACACCGACGACGACGACGAAGAGGACCAGGGUCCCACAGAGGUGAAACCCAACCUGGAAUCAGAACCAGUCGCUGCCUGAAAAAAUUAUUGAUUAUACCAUGAUGCCGUUUGUUUCCUCGUUGGCUUUCUUCUUUUCCUUUUCCCCUCCUACCUUAUAUUCCAUCCAUCCUCUCAGACCAGCCUCAAUUCCCUUCGCUUCCCUUCCCUCUUCUCUUGUCUCUUCACUUUACUUUACAUAACUACCUUAUCAACCUUUUAAUCUCCACGAUCUAGGAUGGAUCCAUUCGCGAGAU